AUGCCAUCCCUCUACACAAUCACCGAACCCCACCCCACCGUCCCCCAAGACAGCUACACGCACUCCGGGCGCGGCGGACUAGGCAACUUCUUCCGCGCCCCGGCGACCACCUCCCCCAGCGGCGUCCCAACACCCUCCCACACCACCAAAACCACCUCCAACAACAGCAGCAACACCCCGCGCCGGUUCUACUCAGGCCGCGGCGGCGCCGGCAACGCCCACCAAGCCCACACUUCCGCCGCAACACCCUCCUUCGACGAGGAGUUUGCGCUGCGCGAGUCGGCGCUGACGACGGUGGUUGGGCAUGUCGGGCGGGGUGGGGCCGGGAACGUCUUUUCCUCGUCGGGGUCGAAGGGGGGUGCCACGGAUGGUGGGGUGAUGCUCUCGCGGCGCGACUCGGCGAGCACCGAGGGCAGUGCGCGGUCGGAGGCUUCGUCGUCGUCGUCGCUGGCGGGGUUUUGGGGGCGGGUGAAGAGCAAGGGGCGUUGA